AGGUUAUCCGGGCAGGUCAAAUGUCAGCUCAGUCCAUAUGUUUCCUGGUUUUCGGUUGAUUUCGAGUGCAGUUCCCUUUCGUGUUUACGUUUCGAAAGAUCGAAGCAAUUAAAUUCCGGAUAGUUCAUCAUUAUCAUCAUCAUCAUAGCAUGGUAUGCGCGCAGCUGUUAACGAUUAUGGCUGCGCGCGUCGAUACGUGUGCUGCGUAAGACUUUGACAUUUAUCCAUAUGAGAGACAGACAGACAGACAUAAAGAAACAGCCAGGAACAGAAAGGAACCCGUGAGCUGCUCGAGGAGCGGACAGUUUUUGUUUUAUUUUAGUUUAUUUGUCGGCCAGCUCAGAUGGCAGGACUCUCACCUUCCGAGAGGAGAUUGCAGAAGGAGCUUAUGUCUCUCAUGAAGGAGCCCCCACCUGGGGUAGUAGUUGAUGUAGACCUUGCAGAGCAGAAUAUACUGCAAUGGAUCAUACAAAUGGAGGGUGUGUCUGGCACAUUGUAUGAGGGGGAACAGUUUCAGCUCCAAUUCAAAUUCUCCCGAAAGUACCCAUUCGACUCACCAGAGGUGACUUUUAUUGGCGCUAAUAUACCAGUGCAUCCACAUGUCUAUAGCAAUGGACACAUCUGUCUGUCAAUUUUAACGGAUGACUGGUCUCCAGCUCUUUCUGUACAAUCCGUAUGUCUUUCCAUCGUAUCUAUGCUCAGUAGCUGUAAAGAGAAGAAGAGGCCUCCCGACAAUGCGUUCUAUGUGAAAACGUGCAACAAGAACCCAAAGAAAACAAAAUGGUGGUAUCACGAUGAUUCCGUGUAAUGACGAUGUUAAUUUGAAUAGUACGUCCUAACCGCCACCUAUCUUCCCCCCAACCCCCUCACCAUAACUCCUACUCCUCUAUUCUUUUUACGUUAUGUGAUUUAUUUAUAGAAUUCCAAAUUUAGUUCGUUUUCUUUUUCGAUUAAAUUUAUUUUAUU